AUGGCUGAACCUCUCGUCGGGCGCCCCUUCUCCCGGGUCUUCGUGCCCACCUACAACGCCAUCAUCGGCUUCUUCUUCCUCGCCGCUACCGCUUCCUACUUCUACAAGCUUCACUUUGCGAAGCGUCCCGUCGGCGAGAAGACUCCUCUUCUCUCUGGCCAGUCCAUCGCUCCGGCUAAGGGCGUCAAGCUUCUCUACCGCAAAGUCCGCUCCGUCCUCCUCUAUCAGCCUUCUGGACGCUACCUCGAGUCCAAUGGAACCAUGUUUGUCGUAGCUGCCUUCCUUGGCCUCAACUGCUUCUACACCUUCUACCCCUCGACUGCCACCCGCGCCGAGUUCUACACCGCCUCGGUCUUCGGCAACCGUCUCGGACUCGUCUCUGUUGUCAACAUCCCCAUCAUGUUCUUGCUCGGCUCCAAGACUGGUCUUCUUGUCCAGUGGACCGGCUGGUCCCAUGAGGGAUACAACAUUCUCCACCGUCACGCUGGACGUGUUGUCUGUGUCACCGCCAUCGGCCACAUCAUCGCCAACUCGCUCAACGGACGCACUCUCCAAGAGCAGGUCACCCGCUCGUCCCGCAUCGGUGUCGGCGGUGGUCUUCCCGGUCUUGCUUUCUUGAUCAUCCUCGUCACCUCGUUCGCCCCUGCCCGUAACAAAGCGUAUGAGAUCUUCCUCUACGCCCACGUUUGGUUCUUGGUCGCCGGUAUCGUUCUCUUGUAUUUCCACUACGCUCGCUGCCGUCCUUACUGCAUUGCUGCCUCCGUCAUCUGGCUCUGGGACAGAUUCAACCGCUACAAGAACGCUCAGCACGUCCGUGGCACUGCUACCGUCUUGUCCGGCAACACCGUCAAGAUCCAGCUCGAUGUCAAGUCGAGCUUCCGUGACAUCCACUGGCAGACCGGCCAGUACGUCUACAUCUCGGUCCACAAGCUUGCUCCCUUCCAGGCGCAUCCCUUCACGAUCGCUUCGCCUCCCUCGGCCAACACUCUUGACCUGAUCAUCCGUGCCCGCAGCGGUUUCUCCAAGACCCUCUUCCUCGCCGACGAGCAGGAGCACAAGGUUACCUUCCACGGACCCUACGGUUCUCCCCCCAAGUUCGAUGGCAUCUCCAAGGUCGUCCUUCUUGCCGGUGGUGCCGGUGUCGCCUACUCGUACCCUGAGGCCGUCGAGCUUGCCCGCACCAUGCCCAACCUCGAGAUUGACUUCUUCUGGGUCAUUCCCCAGCGUGACUUUGUCUCGUGGGUUGACAUGGACCCCAAGCACGGUGUCGACUUCAAGGUCUGGGUCACCAGCGAGCAGGGCCGCCCCAACAUUGACCAGUACGUCAAGGACUCGAUCGCUGCCGCCAACGGUGCUCCCUGCGCCGUCGCCGUCUGCGGUCCCUCUCCCCUCGUCCGCUCCUCGCGUAACUCUUGCGCGUCGCUUCUGUGGAACGGCGUCGACGUCGAGUUCUACUCUGAGAACUUUGGCUGGUAA